CCGACAACAGAUGAACAAGGUACCGGGGACGUCUAAACAACCACAAGGAUGCCGCAGCCGGAGUUGCUCCCAGAGGAUGUCCUCCAUGUAAUACUCCAGCACAUUCUCCACGAUCACGACCACGACGUCUCACCGACCCCUCCCCAUUUCUACAACGUCGCCGACUGGACCGAAGCCGCAACCAAGUCACAAAAAUGCCCGCAGCGCACCCGAACACUCAGGUCGCUCAUGCUCACAUCCCGCCGCCUGUACGCGCUGGUAAAACCACUCUUCUACCGAGACAUCCUCGUCCCUCAGUGGAACAUCGAGCAGGGAAAACACGUCACCUGGACGUUUUAUCAAUGCAUUGCCCGCGAUCCCGCACUCAGGGACUUGAUCCACUCGGCCGUACUCAAUACGGACCACUUUAGGGGAUACGAUCUGUCGAGCCCGGUUUUUGCGGGACGGUGGCAGCUCGCCGUGUACGAGAGCCCGGACGAACGGGGGAGCACCCCGGGCGAACUGGCCGCGCUCAUGGAGACGCUCUUCUUCAAAUGUGCCAACCUGCGCCGCUUGACUGUUGUCGAGUUCAAUGCGUGGAACGCGCUGGUCGACGAGGAUUCCGAAACCGGAUUUCGAUUUCGACCGCGGACAUCGCCCAUUACACACCUCACCCUCGCAAAAUGCGGCGCCAAAGAGCGCGCCCUGACCUCCCUCCUCGCAUGGCCGCGCGCUCUGCAAACCCUGCACUACGACGCAAACCAAUCCGCCUGGGCCUUCCACUACGAUGAGGAGGAGGAUGAGGAAGCCGAGUGGACCUGCGCGGCGUUCGUGCGCGCGCUGGCCGCGCAGAAAUCAACCCUGACGGAACUCAGCCUUACGCGCCAAACCCCGGACCACGAGAGGAUGUUCAUGGGCCCGCGAAUUGAUCUCUCGGGGUUUGCGCGGCUGCGCGUCUUGCGGAUCUUCGAACUGUUUCUUGUCGGCGUCGAACCGGCUGAUCAGGCGUGGAGGGGGAUGCCCCCCAAUCUCGAGGUCUUGGAGGUUUUCUAUGACGAUGCGUCGUAUCAGGGUAUUCGAUUCUUUGCGGGGCAUCCCGCUGAGGAUCGGCGUUUUGAUGAGGGUGCGGAACACGAAGGGGACGGGGACGGGGAGGAGGACGUUGAUUUGGAGGAGUGGUGGAAAUGGCUGUGGCUGCGCGCACUGCUUGCCGAACAGGGAAUGGGGAGAUUCCCAGCGCUAAAGACCGUCAGGGUCUACACGACCGAGAGUGAGCCGGAAAGCGGGUAUGGACGGGGCCGCGGGCAGAGUAUGAGGCUGUGGAAGCUGCCGCGUUGUAUCAGGGAAUCGGCGAGGCAGGCAGCCGUCCACGUUGAGGUUUGGCUUGGCGCGGACCGGAGCCCAGGGAAAUGA